AUGCCUACUUCAUCAUCUACCAUCGUCAAGAAGCAUCAGCAUCGUCAAUGGGCUGUGGCCGAAAAAUUACAUGCAGUCGUCUGUUUCAAACAAAACAACAACAAACACAAAACAGCCCAACAUAUUGGAUGUACGACAAAACAACUUCGCAUGUGGAUCAAGAACAAAAAUGAAUUAAUUGCAUUGUCAUCUAAAAAAAAGGUGAGUAAUCAAUGUUCCCUAACAAUGUAUACUUCAGAUCAAAGUCUAAUUUUGUUUUAUUUAGGCAACAAACGCAAGCGUCUCGAUGGAGAUGGCAAGACAUUAAAAUACAUCGACCUCGACUCUCGUUUAUUCGCUUGGUAUCGUGAAAAACGUACUGCUCUUGCAUCAACAACAAAUGUUUCUGAUGUUCGCAUCGAAAGGAUGACAUUUCGUCAACUUGAACGUCGAGAACGACCAUUGAGCGAAGAACUAAGCCAUUCAUGUCCAUCAUCAAAAUGGUUUGGCCUAUUUCUCGUUCGCUAUGGACUCUCUCUUCAACGUCCCAAACGACAACAGAAAACCCCACUCAAAGAAAUCCAUCAUAAAGCAGCCUCAUUUUUUUCAUUUCUUUGA